AUGGCGACCGUCGAAGACACGGCCGCCGGCCUUAUAGCGUGGCUAAACAACCUCGAUGUCGCGGACGACGUGCAGACGGCUAGUGACCUAAACGAUGGAACGGUUAUCUGGAAGGCUCUACAAAGAAUAGACGCGUUGAGCUUCCCAGGCAAAUUGCCAGAGGCGCCCAACGCAGAACAAUGGAUACCACGCUGGAACAACCUCAAACGCAUCAACGAUGCUCUCAAUAUGUUCCUUGCAGAGGACUGUGGGCAAAGACUGCCACUGCCUAGCGGCGCCCCGGACCUCAAGGCCAUUGCACAGAAUGCCUCCCUCCACGACACCGUUGCUCUUCUCAAGUUGAUUGUUGUUGCUGCUAUCAAUUGUAAUGACCGGAUCGAUUUCCUCACCCGAAUGCAAGAGCUCGAUACAGCCACACAGGAGGUGCUUAUGCGAACAGCUCAGGAGGCCAGCGAAAUAGAAGAAGCUCCGGAGGAUGAGGGGCCCGAGCCUGAGCAUACUCAAGAGCUGGAACCGAAGUCCAGUCCUGACCCGAGAUCGCCACGGCUCGACAAUGACUUCGCUGCCGAGGAACGGCUGGGGCGAGUUCUGGCGGACAACCAGCGCAUCGCCCACGAGAAGCGGGACGUGGAAAGACAGCUAGACGAUGCGUAUGCCCGAUAUGAACGAUUGCAAGACACCCUGGAUAAAUCUCAAGACGAGUUGAAGGAAACUAAUGACCGUCUGACCGCUGUACUGGCCGGUAGAGCCGAAGGUACGCACCGAGAUGCCAAAAACGAGACGAUUAUCGCGCAGCUCGAAUCCCGGGUGUCCGCUGCAGACAAUGAGCUUGAAGAGCUACGCAAAUCCAACGAGCUCUUGAAGAUACGGGUAGAAAAGACGCAAAAGCUACAGGACGACUACGACGAAAUGAAGAUAGAGAGGGACAAGCUGGCCCGGAAAGCGAACGCGGCGGAGAAAUACAAGCAGAAACUCGAAGCAAGCCAGGAUCUCGAGAAGGAGAACCAGAACUUGAGGGAGCGAGUCACCGAGCUACAAGGUCAAGUACGUUUCUCGGACUCGACAACCAUGGCCAAGUCAGAUCUGCAAAGGGAGAAUGAGGAAUUAAAGAAGCUGUUCUCUGUUAUUGAGCAAGACUACAACGAAACAGCGGACAUGAAGAAAAGACUGGAAUUUGAUUAUCAAACCUUGGAGGCUCGUUUCCAUGACCGGGGUGAGGAUCUUCGACGGCACCAGCAAACCAUUGAGGACUUACAGGGACGCUUGGCCGACUUUGACGAAGGUGUACAGUUGCCGCCAGUCACCGUGUCCGAUACUGCCAAAGUGCUCGAGGACGACGAAGCUGAGGGUGAACAGGACGAGCAGGACGAGAAGGACGCUGCCAAAGCAGACAAGGAGGAAGGAUUUGCAGACAGUGAAUCUCGCUUGACUGCAGCUCUCAUAAAUGGGGAAUCUGAUAAGGGUGAGGAAGGCAUCUCUGAAGACGAGCUCAGGGCUAUCGUAUCGGCGAUGCGCGCUCAGGCACAGGCUGGAACAGCCACUGAACGAGAAAGCAGCACAAAGGCACAAAAGAAGCUUGUUGUCGGAUUGGAAAGAAGCCGGACCAGGAAUUCGGAGCUGCUCGAGCACAUCAAGAAGCAAUCCGACCUCAUUAAGAAUCUGCAAACACAGGCCCCUGCGGCAACGGUGGAAAAGAGAGAAGAGGAAAGGCCACCAACGCCACCUCCCAAGGACGAAGAGUCUCGUGCGCCGUCGCCAACACCCUCAGAAGCAGACACGAACCUUGAGGCGGCCGGCAAAGUGAUCAAGAACUUGCAACGGGAGUUGAACCUGAUCACCUCAGCCUGGUAUGAGCAGAACAAGCGGAUAGCCAGCAGCGGUAUGGCCACCUUACGGACGAGGGCCAGUCCUGAGCCCAAGAGCUUUCUCGGUCGACAAAGGAGGACUGUGGAUGUGAUUGCUCUCGGAGGAACAGCUAGAUGA